AUGGACGAGAGAAGUCAUCUUUUGCACGAGCAUACUCCAGAGGUCGAUGAUGAAGGCAUUGUAGCAUACGUUCAGCAGAGAAGAGCUUCAAUUGCCUCGGCAGGACCUGCAAGCAUACCUGCUGUAUUUCAACUCAGCCUGAAGCAGUCCAGAGAGAGUUUCGCUGAUAUCCAUCGAACGGUCUCUCAUGUGUCCCACUAUGACUCCGUCAAUGAGCUCUUGUCGGUUCACUCUGGCCACUUAUUGGAAGAGCCUCACACGUCGCUCUUCAUGGAAAUCAGGGCUCUCUUGAAGUACUCUGUGCCGCUUGUGGUAACAUUCCUUUUGCAAUACUCCUUGACGGUGGCUUCGGUGUUAUCCGUGGGACGCUUGGGGCCUAGCGAAUUGGCUGCCGUUUCUCUAUCGUCCAUGACGGCCAAUAUCAGUGGCUACGCCAUCAUCCAAGGUGUUUCCACCUGCUUAGAUACUUUGUGCGCUCAGGCUCAUGGAAGAAAAGAUUUCAACACCGUGGGGAUGCACUUUGUGAGAUGUACGUACUUGCUCAUGUUGUGCUUUGUGCCGAUGUUUGUGCUCUGGGUGUUUCUUUCGCAGCCCUUGUUGCUAAUGCUCGUGGGAGAAAAGAAACGUCAUUUGGUGGCACUUGCAAGCAGAUACUUGCGGAUUCUCUCCUUUGGGCUUCCAGGAUUCAUUAUUUUUGAGAAUUUGAAACACUUUUUGCAAUCUCAAGGUAUCUUCCAUGCGUCAACCUUUGUGCUUAUCUUCUGUGCUCCCAUGAAUGCUGUUUUGAACUAUGUCCUUGUCUGGAAUAAGCACAUUGGUCUUGGCUUUGAAGGUGCUCCAUUAUCGGUGGUGAUAACAAACUGGGUGAUGUGCCUCGCUCUUUGGUGCUACACUAAAUACGUGAAUGGCUACGCAUGCUUGCCGAGACAAGGCGUAUUUCACAAGAGCUACUUUACAAAUUGGCGAAGAAUGAUCAACUUAUCAAUUCCUGGCGUGUUGAUGGUUGAGGCAGAGUGGUUGGCAUUUGAGAUCAUCACUUUUGUUGCUUUCACUUUCGGCACGGAGGUUCUGGCUGCCCAGUCCAUUGUGUCCACCACGUGUGUUCUUUUAUAUCAAAUUCCGUUUGCGUUGUCUAUUACUGCAUCCACAAGAAUAGCAUGGUUCAUUGGUGCUGCGUCAGAGAGCUCAGCAUUAGUGGCUACAAGAGCCGCUUUGUACGCGGCUGUCUGCCUAGGGCUUGUGAACGCCACAAUUUUAUUUUUCUUCAGAGAAUUCUUUGCAUCCCUCUUCACCAAUGAUAAGUAUGUCAUCAGGAUAGCGUCCAAAGUGUUGAUCGUGGGGGCAUUAUACCAAAUCAAUGAUUUUAUAUCAUGCACCACUGGCGGCAUUUUGAGAGGCCAAGGAAGACAGAAAAUAGCGGGCUAUCUAAAUGUCAUUUCAUACUACUUGAUAGCAUUACCAAGUGCAUUAUUUUUUGCUUUCCAUUUCAAGCUAGAGCUUCUAGGCUUGUGGUUGGGGAUGAUCAUUGCCCUAUUCUUUGUCUCCGUAUCGCAACUAUACUUCGUCGCUACCAGUGACUGGGACCACAUCAUCAAAGAAUGUAUUGAAGAGGGGGUUGCAGAAGACGGCGUGCUUAACAUCGAAGCAACGUCACUGGUGCCGGCCAUGCUGUCCAGCCAUCUAGUGUGA